AUGGCGGGCCAAGGAGCACCAAACUCCGUGUUCUUCAUUACCAUCACCAACAGAAUUGAUUGUUGUUCCAGAAGACUGAAUGGAGCAGAGAUCCGGAUUGGAGACUCUGUGGAGGACAACAAUGACGUGCUUUGGUCCCUUCUGUCCCAGAGCACCUUCCAUUGUAACGGCAUGGAGGGACAAUACAUCAACGUGGUCAUUCCAGGGAGGAAUGAGUACCUGACCCUGUGUGAGGUGGACAGCUACGGGGCACCACUGGACUGA